AUGAUGCGAGCACUGAGCUUGGCCUUUCUGGGGCAUCUAGCUCUCUUCGAGGCCAGCCCUGUGCUCCGGAGUGGUCCAUCCAAGCUGGCUUCUGAGGAGGAGGCAUCGGGAUGGCUGGGCCUCCGCAGUCUCUACGCCAAAAUGGAGACGUCCCUUUCUGGACUGCUUGGCGAGGCUCCACACCAGGAGCACGAAGAAGCGCAGAAGGCCCAAGGGGAUGCCAACGAGAAGCAGGAUGCCGGAGUGGUGGUGGAGACAAGGGUUCUGUCUAUCAACAACAAGACGUCUGCUGAGAAGCCCAGCAUGAAGACGCUGGAAGCAGAGGGGGAGAAGAGGAAUUUCACAGUCCACAUGUUAUCAAACGAUGUGACGCCGAACAAAUCCUCAGCUCCGAAGGUGAAGAUAGUUCCAGAACCGACCAAGGCUCCCAGCAAAGACGAUUUCGUGGUCCACAUCAAGUCUUUGGAGCGAGUGGAUGGUAAGAAGCCUUUCCGGCGACAAUCCAAGUCUCAGCGCACCACAACGCCUGCUACGACGACAAAGGACAACGUCCAAAUCAACAUCUGGACAGUUACCGAUGCACCACCUUCCAAAAGCGAAGUGAAGCCUUCGCGUUUAGAGUAUGAUAGCAGUCCAUGGGCCAACGAUUGGGGUGACGAAUGGAAACCGGAGGCGGAUGCUCCCAAAGAGCACCGAACGAAGGAGCUGCCAGUGUACGAGCAAUCCUUCCAAGGGUGA